UUGGCAUAUUUCUUUAGACCAAUCUCAGACAUUGCGUUUCUUGACAAUACUCAUCUUAUAUCAACGGCUACCGAUGGAUACAUCCGUCUUUGGAAUGCACCUGACGGUCGGGAGGUGGAUUCAUUGAAUUUAUCUGCACAUUUAAGGAACGUAGAAGCAAAGGAUUUUCUGGCUUCUAGGUUGAUUGUCGUCGGAAGUAAUGUUCUUCUUGGUAUUCGAUCGCAUGAUUGUAUUCUAUCCAUUAAUAUUUCUCCCGAUUUUACAAAGUUCGGAGAAGUUAGCAGAGUUGAUUGUCCCUUGGACGAAAAAUUUGUUGAUUUAUGUGUGAUCAAUCAUCAGGUAGAAGAAAAACGUUUCAAGGUAGUGUGCAUGACAGAACCGCUUUCUCGAUUAUUGUUUUGGAUGGUAUCUUACGACGCCGCAUCACCAGCCAAAUGGAUUCAGGUCGAAGACUUUUUAGAGUUGCCGCCUGAGCUCAAAGAACAAAAUGGUAAAUUCCCACGUCUGCAAAUGCUAUUAGACAUGGGGAAGAAUGCAUUAGACGUCAACGGAGUUGACAUAUAUGAAAAGAACAAGGAGCAGAAUCACAAGCGUAUUCGAGAGCGUCAUCAACGUCACCAGGUGAAAAGGAAACGCAGGUUGUUGUCCAAAGAAGCUGGCGGUGAAGCUGUCGCCGGCGAGGGGGAUGCCAAUUCUGAAAAAGAAACCAGUGAAGCUUCUCCGGAUUCUUAA